AUGUCCGAGGAGAAGGUCGUCGUUGUCGAGCAGGUCGAGAAGAUCGAGGAGGUCGCCCCCGCCGUCCCCACCACUGCCCCGCCCGCUGAGGAGGUUACCGAGGUCAAGGUGGAGGAGCCGAAGGUUGAGGAGAAGGUCGAGGAGCCGCCGGCCGACAUUCGGGAGGAGCCGCUGAAGUGGCUCGGACAGCAGAUCCCUCCGGCUGUUCAUAAGGUGAACUACCUGAUCCUGGACUACAUCCAGACGAUCGUCGAGGAGGACCCGGAGAAGCGUGCUGCCCUCCCCGGCAAGAAUGAGGCCGUCACCAAGAACCAGUUCAUCAACCACCUCAAGGACGGCGAACUGCUCGCCAAGCUGGCCAACGUGUUCACCCCCGGCGCCGUGGAGAAGGUGCACGAGGGCGAGGAGCUGAAGGUCAAGGAGAACCAGAAGGCCAACCGCGAGGCGUUCGUCAACUGGGCCAAGACCAGGCUGCCCGAGGACCAGGUGUUCGCGGCCGAGGACUUGGAGAAGGGCAAGCCGGGCUACCAGGCCGUCUUCUCCACUCUGUGGCAAUUGGCCACCCAGGCCACCGAGAAAUUCUCGAAGGAUUCGAUUGAUACGGAUGCUGUUGUUGAGGCUGCUGGACAGGCCGUCAAGACCUCGAUCAUCGACACCAUUCUCAACUUCUUCAAGAGGGCUCGCCCCCAGACAUCCCAGUCUGCCAAGCAGGCGGCGAUGGAGGCCGAGGAGAAGGAGCGGGCCGAGAAGGCGGAGAAGGUCGUCGAGGAGGAGGCCGUCAAGGUCGAGGUGGUCGCCCCCACCAGCCCUGCUGUCGUUGCCGCCAAC